AUGACAACAUAUUCCUGGGCUAAUGGCCUGGUAAAAACUCUCAAGGAUCCCACUACCCAUAUUAUAUCAAAUAGUUUGGCUGCUGUCAUACAAGAUAAAUAUGCCAAAGCAAAACAUCAUUAUCUAGUAUUGCCGUUCGAAGACAUACCCUCAAUAUUUAAUCUCACCCAACAAAAUCUUCCUCUUCUACAAGAAAUGCAUUUAUUGGCCUUAAAUGUAAUUGAAGUUAAAGGCGAAAAGAAAGAUAACUUCCUGAUAGGUUUCCACAAUCAGCCGAGUAUGCAACGUUUACAUUUACAUGUAAUAUCCAAGGAUUUUAUAUCGGAUUGCCUGAAGACCAAAAAACAUUGGAAUAGUUUUAAUACGGCAUUAUUUUUGAAUUAUGAAGAUUUAAUUACCCAACUAAAGGAAAAUGAUAAGGUAAAACGUUUGGAUAGUAGCACCUUGAAAGAACUUGGCAAUAUGGAAUUAAAGUGCAAUCAAUGUUCAUAUGUAGCGAAAAAUAUACCCACGUUAAAACAACAUUUAUUAGAGCAUUAUGAAAAGCGUAAGAAAAUGAAGGAAGAAUAA